CAAAUCCUUCUUGUUUUCCUURUACAACAACAAUGGCUACCAACCAAUGCAACUAAACCUAACUGGCCAGUAUAACGUGAAAGCUUUGCGUCAAAAGUCCUCCUGGGGACCAUCAUUUGGAUACGGAAUUGACAUAUACAUCUCUAAUCUUGCAUCAACAAAUCUAUUAUCUUACACAAAACCCAAAUCUUAUCAAGCACCUCCCGGUUGCAGCAUUGGAUCGGCAUGUACUUUCCUGGCAGGCUCCYACACCUUCAAACCAUCUGACAUUGAAGUGUUCUACCACGAUGGAGAUAUUCGGGGGCUAGAAAACUCCUCCAUCCUAAAGAAUUAUGGAAACAMAAGCUAYGUARCCACUCUAACCAGCUACCUWAACACUGUACAGGAAUUCCAGGCGCAAAAWUGGAGGCGAUGCUGGAGCGCCCCUGAAGAYGGCUGGGACACACGAAUGACAUUUCAUCCCCAAUGUGAUGGKAAAAAACCAACGGUGACGAUUGUCCGCGUCGCUUCGUAUGUGUUUGGUGGAUUUACAGACCAACCUUGGCAUUCUGCUUCUGAAUAUUCCAAGUCAAGCAAGUCUUUUCUAUUUUCCCUGUACAACAUCAAUGGCUUCAAACCUGUCCAGUUAAACCUGACUGWACAGGGAAAUAAGCAUGCUAUAUACAGCGCUAGCACUUAUGGGCCAACAUUUGGACAUGGACAUGAUAUUCGUAUUUAUAAUCUAGCCUCAAGUAAUUCCUUCACAAAACCCAAGGCAUAUGAUGUCCCUAGCGGUUGUACAUACAAUGUUGCUGACUGUAAAUUCUUCGCUGGGUCUUAUAAAUUUAAACCGGACGACGUGGAGGUGUUUUAUUAUGAUGGCGGAAAAGCGACCGGACUCGGCCAAUCAGCGAUUCUCCAUGGAUAUGGCCAUAUUAAGUACCUUAUAAGUGAUUUAUUACAAUUCGUGGAACCAGUUGUCGAAUUGUCGGGUUCCAACAAGUGGCUGAGAUGCUGGAAUGCUCGCACAGAUGGCUGGAAUACAAGGCUAACCUUCCAUCCUCAGUGCGAUGGUUUGAAAAACACCCUCACAAUAAUCCGYGUUGGUUUGUACGUCUUUGGUGGAUUUGCAGACAAAGCCUGGAAUUCUGCUGGAAUCUACUAUAAGUCAAAUAAAGCCUUCCUCUUUUCCUUGUACAACACGAAUGGACAUCAACCCGUUCAAUUCAAGCUCACAGGGUCACGAAACCAGAAGGCUUUAUACGGAAAUACGGGCUAUGGACCUACAUUUGGCGAUGGCCACGAUAUAUUGAUCAAAAACCUUGCAUCGAGCAAUGAAGGUUCCUUAACGACGCCUCGUGCAUACGAAAUUCCUAAAGGAUGCAGUGUGUCGUCUGGUUGCGCAUUUUUCGCUGGGAGCGACGUGUUUACCCCUGAUGACAUCGAAGUGUUUUACUAUACCAGCCAAACCAAGGGACUAGAGAACUCUUCGAUUUUGUCUGGMAACUUUAAAUACAUCAAUAAACUGAACAGCUACUUAGGGACUGCAGUGCCGAACUCUAAGACGAGUGAUUGGAUAAGAUGCUGGCAYGCUCUAGAGGAUGGAUGGGAUACGCGACUGACAUUCCACCCUCAGUGUGACGGAAAGAAAGCCACUGUGACGAUCAUCCGUGUUGGYUCGUACGUGUUUGGUGGAUUUACAGACAAGUCAUGGCAUUCUGCCUCUAUGUACGUCGAGACAWCAAAAUCCUUUYUGUUUACCCUAUACAACACCAAUGGYUACCAACCCAACCAGUUAAACCUGACUGGUCUGAAAAACCRGUAUGCUAUGUAUGGUGAGGCUGGUUAUGGACCAACAUUUGGARUAGGGGAUCAUGAUAUCUAUAUAUCAAAUCUUGCAUCAAGUAAUACUAGAUCGUACACAAGACCCUACUCAUAUCAAGCCCCUGAUGGCUGCAGCUCUGCAAGCUCAUGUACGGUCAUGGCCAGUACUUACAAUUUCAAGCCAACGGACAUAGAAGUGUUUUACUACGAUGCAGAAACAAGAGGACUUGAAAAAUCGACCAUUCUCAAUGGAAGAGAGAACUACAUCAACACCCUGAACAGCUAYUUAGCUACUGCAAUACCGGCCGCUAACACGAGUAAGUGGACACGAUGCUGGCACGCUGCAGAGGAUGGAUGGGAUACGCGAUUGACAUUCCACCCUCAGUGUGACGGAAAGAAAGCCAGUGUGACGAUCAUUCGUGUUGGUUCGUACGUGUUUGGUGGAUUUACAGACAAGUCAUGGCAUUCUGGUUAUAUUUAUGUCCAUUCAAGCAAAUCUUUUCUUUUCUCUUUGUACAACACCAACGGUUACCAACCAAUCAUGUUCAACCUGACUGGCCAGAGAAACCAUAAAGCCAUAUUUGGUGAUGAUGCUUAUGGACCAACAUUUGGCAAUCCACAUGACAUUUUCAUUACCAAAAUUGCAGGUAGCUCAACAAGCUCGUUCACAAAACCCGGAUCUUAUCAACCACCAGACGGUUGCAGCUAUAACGAUCAAUGUUCUUUUAUGGCCGGGACAUACAAAUUCAAACCAGAUGAUAUUGAAGUAUUCUAUUAUGCUUCUUAACAAAGUUGAUAUAAUUUGAGUAUGCGAUGAACCCGAACGGGUUAAGACCUGUAUAAUCUUCUAGCACUAUAUUGGGACACCAGCGUUUACCCAACACCGAAAAAAAUCACCCUCUUUGAAGUGUGUAGAUUUUAUGGAAAUAUGAUGUAAAUAUCAUGGAAGUAAAAUCYACAUGACUUUGAACACUUAAAGAAUAUUUACAUCAAAUUUACAAAGUAUGUAAAUUUGAUUUCCACCAAAAAUUUACACGAAAAUUCCAUACAAUUCACCGAAAAUUUAAACU